CAAAAAACAGGGGCCAAUAGGGAAACCUUCAGGAUUUUCCCCCCGAUUCUGAACUACUUUUCGUUGCUUUGUUUUGUUUUCAGUUCAUUCCGACGAAGUUCGUGAAGCUGUACGGCGGGAACCUUGAGGAUUCGGCGGUCCUGAGGGACCCAUCAGGAACGGAAUGGACGGUGGAGCUGACGGAAUCGGACGGCGAAGUUUGGCUUCAGAAAGGGUUUCGCGAGUUCGCCGAGUUCUACUCGCUGUCCCACGGCUACUUGGUGGUGUUCGAGCUCGUCGAUCGCUGGACCAGUCGUUUCAACGUCGUCGUUUUCGAUCCCACGGCGACCGAGAUCGAGUACCCUUCUUCUCCUCUGGCGGCUCUGUCUUGGAAGAAGGCGGUCCCCAAGCCAUCCCCUGUUCACGAGGCAACGCUGACGAGUGAUUCUAAUGAAUCGGAAACUGAUGUUGAUGAUGAUGAUUCGUCUGUUGAGAUAUUGGAUGCGUUUCCGUCUCUGCCGGGGGAAUCGAGAGGGGGCAGAGAUGGAGAUUUGGUGAGUAAUUGUUCGAGUGAUGUGAAGGUUGGGACUGGGAGGAGGACGGCAGAGGCGAUUAUGUGUUUGGAAACUUUGGAUGCAGGGGACCAAUCGAAGAAGAUGAAGUUUUGUACAUCAGCUCCAGUCGAUCGAAACAGAGGAGGAACAAUGAACAAUGGUGUGAAGAGGUUCAGAGGAUUGAGUUUGAAUGAGAAGACAGAAGCCAUUGGUAGAGCAAGGGAAGUUUUCACCUCAGAAAUGCCUCACUUCAUGGUUGUUGUCCACCCUUCCUACAUCCACCCUGGCUCCACUGUGUCAAUACCAAUGAGCUUCGCCAGGGAACAUAUGAAGGCCAGGGACGGUGAUGCAAUCCUCAGCAGGGAGUAUGACGGCGGCAGGAGGUGGAAGGUGAAGGUCAUAGUGAACACCGAUCCAGGGACGUCGUCUAGGAUCUCGACGGCGUCGUUCGGGAUCGGGUGGAAGGACUUCGCCGGAGCUAAUCGGCUCGGAGUCGGAGAUGUCUGUGCGUUUGAGCUGGUGAAUAGCAGUCCCGGCGCUGCAGUCCUCACAUUCCGAGUCACCAUUUUCAGAAAAAGAUGAGAAGGUUAGGAAACCAAGUUAAUUAAUUAUAUUAUACCAUAAUUUAUUAUAGAACUUGGGAUUAGUGAAUUCCCCUUACCACAUCUCACACUCUCGAUCCGCCUCUCUCACAAGCUGGACUAGGAGGUCCCGAACAGCACACAGCGUAAGAGGUAGAUGAUGAGGUUAAUUAUUGUGAGUGCAUCUGUUUUUUAGGUGGGAGUUGGAAUCGUGUGAUUCACGUGCAAGUGGGCAUUUUGAAAUCAUAUGGACGACGAGAGCAGUAGGUAGCUGAGAGAGAUUGUAACUUGUGGGCUCUCUUGGGAUUUAUACUAAAAGACCUAUAUGUAAAUCCAUGCCCUAAUGCAUAUUGGAAAUUUUAUAAAACA